CUAUAACACCAAUUCCUUCUUCCACCAUAUUUGAUUUCUUUCCACCAUAUUUGAGUUCUUUUGCUUCCUUGAGAUGGCCGAAAAUUCUCAAAGAAAUUCUAGGACAAUGUUUACUCCAAUUUCCAAGCUUGACAACAACCGUGCAACUUGGAUCCUCAAGUUAAGGGCUAUUCGUGUCUACUUUGUUCCAAGGUGGGCGAGAGGCGGAGAUUCUAUGGAGAUCGUCUUUCACGAUGAGCAUGUAUUGGAACGAGGAUUCAUGCACAUCUCAACCGCCCGGAAAAAAAAGAAGUUUGAAAGCCAAAUCACCGAGGAUGGUGUUUAUGCCAUUCGAAAUGUGCAUGUUCACGACAACUAUCAAAGCCAAAACAUGUCUGGGAACAAUGUUGGGAAUUCAUGGCUGAUGAUAUUCUACAUCGUCAAAGAUGUCUUCUUGGUCAUCAAGGUUUAGUCUUAACCGAAGAUCAAAUAAAAAAUUAUGCCUUGAUCGAGAUAGAGAUGUUACUUAGGAUGCGAGCUAGGAGUCUUCGAGAUAUUGUUGACAUGCCUUUCCCCAAUCUAGACGCAGCUUCAAUGACUCGCAACAGAUUAAUUCUUGACGAAUUACAAUACGAUCGGAAUGCUUAUGAAACAAUAAUGGAAUCCGUCGAUU